CAGUGUCUGCUCUCUCCUUCCAGGGCGACGAGAGUCUCUCUGCGACUACCCUCGAUUCUGACUUUGAGACCGUGAGUAAACCGAAAAGAAAAAGUGGCCACAGACCUCUCCCCGUGUCACCGAAGUCGCCGUACUACUCGAAGCCUAAGAGCGCAACGGCGUCCUGGAGGUCCCUGAGGACGGCCGAGACCAUGCCUCUGAGCACCAGGGUGUCCCUGACCCCGCAGAAGCUGUGGCUGGGGCCCUCCAAACAUGGUCGUGUCCCCGGGACCCCCGCCUACCGUGAGAAGGAGGACAUGUAUGAUGAGAUCAUUGAGCUGAAGAAGUCGUUACACAUGCAGAAAGGGGACGUGGAUCUCAUGCGGACAAAGCUCCGGCGGCUUGAAGAGGAGAACAGCAGGAAGGACCGGCAGAUCGAGCAGCUUCUGGACGCAGCCCGAGGCCCUGAUUUCGUCCGGACUCUGGCGGAGAAAAGGUCUGACACUGGCUGGGUGGUGGCCGGGCUGAAGCAGAGGGUCCUCAGGCUGGAGCAGCAGUGCAAGGACAAGGACAGCACCAUCAGCAAACUGCAGAGCGACAUGAAGACCACGAACCUGGAGGAGAUGCGCAUCGCCAUGGAGACGUACUACGAGGAGAUCCACCGCCUGCAGACCCUCUUGGCAGCAUCAGAACCUGCAGGGAAGAAGCUCCCCGUGGACAAGAAGCUGGGCAGCCGGCGGCAGAAGAAGAUGAGCAGCGCCCUCCUGAACCUGUCGCGCAGCGUGCAGGAGCUGACUGAGGAGAACCAGACCCUCAAGGAGGACCUGGACCGCCUGCUCAGCAACUCCCCCUCUGCCUCCAAGAUCCAGGGGUACGUGGAGUGGAGCAAGCCCAGGCUGCUGAGACGCAUCACAGAGUUGGAGACGAGACUCAGCAUGCUGGAGAGCCCCAGGCCUCAGGCGUCGGAACUGGCAAAACCCCGGGUGGAACCCCCCCACUCCUCGGUGUCCAACCCCACGGAGCCUUGGCAGCCCCGCUGUGAUGCCCACGAGGGGCCCAAGCCCCCGCGGGCCGACCCCGCGGGCCUGAAGGAUGAGUGUGCAGCCUCGCGGCCCCAGCAGCUGGAGAAAGACAUUCCCUCCUGUGUGGGCAGGGCCCAGGCCUGGCUCUGUGCUUGCAGUGCAGAGCGGAACCAGCCUCCGCAGACCAGGGCUGGCAUGGAGAGGGCGCCCCAGCACGGCCAGCAGAGUGAGGAGACCGGUGAGACCGAGGCAGUGCCCAGAGAGCAAGUCCAGAUGCUGACUGGGAAGCCCCGGGAGCAGGAGGAAGCUGAGGCGGGAGCGGAAGACAAGCCUGGGGAAGCUGGGCACAAGUGGGGCUGGCUGGAGGCAUGUGUCGGGGAGAAGCCCCCUGAGUCCUGGGAGCGGAUGACUAACUUCAGGUGGGGGUGGACUCAGAAGGGUGGCUGUGCCGGGUGGUGCGGCCUUCUCAUGCUGACACACCGUUUGUUUCUGUUCCAGAAAAGAGAGGCUGCCCUGGAUGAGGCCGCCACCGUGCUGCAGGCAGCCCUCCGGGGCCACCUCGUGAGGUCGCAGCUCCUGGCCCGGACAGCCCACUGCUCCUCCGCCCCCCGCACACCAAGCCCCCCACGGAAGCACCCCAAAACACCCCACAGUGAGAGCUCCGCUGGCCUGGAGCUGGAGAAGGCCGUGGUGUUGGUCCAGUCUGUCUUCCGUGCGCAUCUGGCGAGGAUCAGGGCAGGGGCUCCUGGGAUUGGUGUGGCCACCACCGCUUCCACAUCAAGGACAUGGGCCCCCUCAGCCAGCAAGGAUGCCUGCUCUCUGGCCCCCCCAGGCAACGCCACAGCGUCUCCUCCUGAGUGGGACCUGGGCUGUGUAACGGACACGGCCCAGGACGACAGCGCAGCCAGCAGCGGGGAGACCGAGGAGGAGUCAGCGGCUGAGGAGGAGGUCCUGACCCCAGACGAGCCCGACGUAGAUGUAGGUCCCAUGCUCUGCGGACCCCCACCUGCGGGGGCCCUGCCCCUGGUGGACAAAGUGUACUCGGAGGACUCUGACGAUGAUGUCAUCUCCCCUUCGCUGCCUGGGAAGAAGAGCUGCUCGUCCUAGGCCCGGGCCCGCCCCCUCCACCCUCACCCGCCCCCCGGCGGGCACCAGGGAUGGGCCCUGCAGAGGCGACGGGACCCCUGAAGUUGGAGAAAUAAUUUAUCUUGUUAAUAAAGAACAGUGCCCACAAGCA